AGGUGACGGGGGAGGGGGUGAAGGAGAGGGUCGGGGAAGGGAUGGAGGGAAGGAGCAAGCGAGGCAAGGCAGUAUUCAAGGACCUAUUGGGAGUUGCACAGCGUUCCUGUUGGCCUGUCCUCCGUACUCGCCUCAGCAGUGCCGUGACUCCCACGAUGCUGGUGGUUCUGGCUGUGCUGUGGGCGGCUGCCCAUCGAGGCUGCAAGGCCACCACUGACCAGCCUCUCUAUGCUUGCCACCCUGAAAACUGGUGUGUGCCUGCCAAAUACUGUGCUCAAAACAUGACAACUUUUGCUGCCUCUGACACUCCCAACCCCUCUGAUGAUCCUUCUUAUGCUGAUUACAAGUAUGUGUGUGGCAUGACAGUGGACACGGAGGGAUUUGUGUGUUGUCAUGACUUGGCUGGCUUGCCAGGACCCUUCACACCAUCACCAGCCCAGUGGUUCUACAGGGGUGAGAAUUCCAGUGUGGAACCUUUACCCAUGCAAGUGUUCCUGUGGCCUGGGUAUGGCACAGAGGAGGAGGACCCCAAGGAGGAGACCUUCCCAACUGAGCCAUUCACUGGUGCUCCCUACGCUGCCCUUGGUGAACGCUUCCGCCCCAUCUGUCCCAGAGGAAGUGUGUGUCUACCUUCGUACGAGUGUCCAUCCCGCAGCAUCCAUUACAUCAAGGACAUGGCCAAUGCCAGACUGAAGUUCCUGUGUGGCGUGUCAUUGGGGACGGAGAGUUGGCUGUGCUGCUCCCUUCACAUCAUCAAGAAUGCCUUGAGCCUCUUGCGACAAGCUCCCCGCCACCCUGUGAUGGAUGACCAUGAGUUGCUGAUCAAGAUAAAUUUUGACGUCCAAAAAUCAAAGCCACACUAUGGUGCAGAUAUUGGCCGCUACAGCAGGGUGCCUCAUGCUGCUGUACCUCCACCUCCAAGGCCACACACUGCCCAACUGCCUGACUAUUAUGAGGAGGACUUUGCCAAUGAUGUGGAAGAGUAUCUGCAGAAGAGGGAAGGGCAGGAGCCUCACAAACGGCGGCACAAGAGAGAUACAAACUCCACCUAUGACCAGGAGGAUGAAGAGGUGAACUACCACAUUGUUGGGGCUGCGGAUCAUGAGAACGUCACACUGGUGAGUGUGGCCCCAGCCCUUGAUGUUCAGGACAUUCCUUCUGCCAGGAGCAAAGUGGCAUAUGAUCAGCCUCAGUGUGGCCUACCCCUGUCUGGCCCCAUUCCAUACUCUCCUGGCAAUCCUGUGCCGCCACCUGCUGAGGGACAGUACCCGUGGCAUGUGGCAGUGCUAACCACUAGCGAUGACUACCUGUGUGGUGGCGUCCUCUUUACUGACCGACAUGUCCUCACCGUUGCUCACUGUGUCCGGCCUCGUGUGGCCUCCGAAAUCUUCAUUCGUGUUGGAGACUUUGACUUGUCUUCAGACUCAGAGGCUCACCCGUCCUAUAAUGUGCCUGUCUCCUGGAUCACCUGCCACCCUGACUACAGCCGCACAACACUGCGAGCAGAUGUUUGUGUGGUGCAGCUCCGGGUGGCUGUGCUUGUCCUGCCCAAUGUGGCACGGGCAUGUCUCCCUGGAGAAGCUCCUUAUCCAGAUCCUGGCCUUGAGUGCUUUGUUCCCAGUUGGGGGUUUGUGUCCUCAGGGGAGGGUGGCAAAGUCCGGUACGACCACUUCAGUCCUAAGCUGCGGCAUCUUCCCUUCCUGGCCAUUGAUCGUGCCACAUGCCAACGAAAUCUGAGGAAGGUUAAGAAACUGGGAUCCUUCUUCAGACUGAAUCCUGGUGUGCUGUGUUCCAAGGGCACCGUUACACAAGACACCUGUCACGGUGAUGGUGGCAGUGGCCUGGUGUGUCGAGCUGCUUCUGGCCAAUACAUCUUAAAGGGCUUGGUGUCAUGGGACAUUGGCUGUGAGCAUGGCAAACCCACAGCCUAUGUUGAUGUUGCAUUCUUCCUGGACUUUAUUUUGGGGACUAUUGGCGCCACUUUGGAGAAUGGCAAGCUGCAUCUCGGCACAGCCCAGACUUCACACGCUGGCACCUUCGGCCAAGGAACCAGCUACAGCCACACAGCAGGGGAUACCACAGCCCAGUCUGCUGCUUCCUACAGUGCAGCAUCCCAGUCUGGCUCUUCCCAUUCCAGUGGCACUUCUUAUGGUACAUCAUCCCAGACUGGCUCUUCCUUCAGUACCGCAUCACAAUCUGGUAGUGUCUUGUAUGCUACAUCAUCCCAGUCUGGCUCUUCCUACAAUGCUGCAGCUCAAACUGGCUCUUCGUAUGGUGCCACAUCACAUGGUGGUGGUACCUCGUAUGGCGCAGCUUCACAGUCUGGCGGUUACAGUGCCACAACACAUACCGGUGGCACUUCUUAUGGUACUUCAUCUCAGUCUGGUUCUGCUUAUGGUGCCUCUUCCCAUUCUAGUGGCCAGUCUUCAUCUGGGCACAAGAGUGAAUCAUCAGGGCACAGCUCACAGCAGAUCUACAAGCAAGGUGGCAGCCAGUACCACCAGGCUAAUGUGGCAGUGCACAAUGUUGAUCCCUACUUGACAGGGGUGCCCAGCAAACCUUCCACACACGGGAGCUCCCCAGACCGCCAGGGCACGUACGGGAACUAUGACCAGCGUGGUGACCGGGAAUAUUACAAGCGUGAGGAUCGUUAUGACCAGAGCAGCAGUCACAACAAACGUGGCGAUGUACACAGAGAUGGAUAUGCCACCAAGGAAGAAAAGACCAAGUAUGACCGUGACUAUAAGCGCGGUGACAGGUACGACGAAGACUAUAAGCGCGGUGACAGGUAUGACGAAGACCAUAAGCGAGGUGACAGGUACGACGAAGACCAUAAGCGCGGUGACAGGUACGACGAAGACCACAAGCGCGGUGACAGGUACGACGAAGACCACAAGCGCGGUGACAGGUACGACGAAGACUACAAGCGCGGUGACAGGUACGACGAAGACUACAAGCGCGGUGACAGGUACGACGAAGACUACAAGCGCGGUGACAGGUACGACGAAGACUACAAGCGCGGUGACAGGUACGACGAAGACUACAAGCGCGGUGACAGGUACGACGAAGACUACAAGCGCGGUGACAGGUACGACAAAGACUAUAAGCGCGGUGACAGGUACGACAAAGACCACAAGCGCGGUGACAGGUACGACGAAGACCACAAGCGCGGUGACAGGUACGACGAAGACUACAAGCGCGGUGACAGGUACGACGAAGACUACAAGCGCGGUGACAGGUACGACGAAGACUACAAGCGCGGUGACAGGUACGACGAAGACUAUAAGCGCGGUGACAGGUACGACGAAGACCAUAAGCGCGGUGACAGGUACGACGAAGACCAUAAGCGCGGUGACGGGUACGACGAAGACCAUAAGCGCGGUGACAGGUACGACGAAGACCAUAAGCGCGGUGACGGGUACGACGAAGACCAUAAGCGCGGUGACGGGUACGACGAAGACCAUAAGAGCGGUGACAGGUACGACGAAGACUAUAAGCGCGGUGACAGGUACGACGAAGACCAUAAGCGCGGUGACGGGUACGACGAAGACCAUAAGCGCGGUGACGGGUACGACGAAGACUACAAGCGCGGUGACAGGUACGACGAAGACUAUAAGAGCAGUGAAGACUACAAGAGUGGUGACAGGUACGAUGACAGAGACCAUAAGCCGGACAGCAAGUAUGUUGACAGGCACGAGUACAAGCGUGAUAAGUAUGAUGAUGACUACAAGCGUGGCGACCAUUAUGACAGUGGCGACUUGAGAGAAAACAAGCACGGCCAUGGCACCUCCUACCAACAAUCGCACAAGUACAGCAGCACCUAUCAACAUAAGUAUAGCUACAAACAUGAAUCCAACUACAAGGAGUACUCAAGUGACCAGGGGAAGUACUAUAAGGAUGGGGAGUACUAUGACCACAGGGAUGGAAAGUAUUACAAAGAUGGACAGUCCUAUGACAUUGAUUACAAUAAUGGGAAGUACUACAUGAAUGGGAGGUACUAUGACAUAGACAGGCAAGGAAAGUACUACAAGGAUGGAAAGUACUAUAAUAUUGACAACAAUGAGGGAAAGUACUAUGAAGAUGGCAAGUACUAUGAUUUACAGGAUGGUAAAUACUAUAAGAAUGGAAAGUAUUAUGAUAUAAACUACAAACAUGGAAAGUACUACAAAGGUGGGGAAUACUAUGAUCUAGAUGAUACUGGAAGGUACUACAAGGAUGGCAAGUAUCAUGACAUUGAUUACAAUAGUGGAAAGUACUACAAGAAUGGAAAGUACUAUAAUUACAAGGAGGGAAAGUACUAUGAAGAUGGAAAUUACUAUGAUGUAGAUCACAAUGAGGGAAAGUACUAUAUGGAUGGAAAGUACUAUGCUUUUAGGGAUGGAAAGUACUAUGGAGACUACUAUGGCUACAACCAUGGGAAGUACUAUGAUGGAGGAUAUGACCACGGCAAGUACUAUGAUAGUUAUAGCCAUCACUCGAGAUACUAUGACUAUAACCAUGACAAGUAUUAUGACAUAAACUACAGUGAUGGAAAGUACUAUUAUGAUGGGAAUUACUACUCCAUUAAUGAAUAUGGACAGUACUAUAAAGAUGGAAAGUACUAUGACAUGGACUACAAACAUGGACAGUACUAUAAAGAUGGAAAGUACUAUGAUUUUGAUGAACAUGGGAAGUACUACAAAGAUGGGAAGUACUAUGAUGUAGACUACAAGCAUGGGAAGUACUACAGUGAUGGAAAGUACUAUGAUUAUGUAGAUGGAAGAUACUAUAAGGAUGGGAAGUACUAUGAUAUUGAUUACAAUGAUGGAAAAUACUACUAUAAUGGCAAGUACUACAGUUUUAACAGUAAAGGGCAGUACUAUAAGGAUGGAAAGUACUAUGACAUAGACUACAGGCACGGCAAGUACUAUAAGGGUGGGAAGUACUAUGACCUGAAUGAGCAUGGAAGGUACUACAAAGAUGGGAAGUACUAUGAUAUAGAUUACCACCAUGGAAAGUACUAUAGUGAUGGAGACUACUAUGACGUCUAUCCUGACAGCAGUUACCGUGACCAUGGCUAUGGAGAGUAUGACCACAGCAAGUACUAUGAUGGAGGUUAUGACCACAGGAAGUACUAUGAUGGAGGAUACAACCACAGGAGGGAUUAUGAUGGUUAUGACCACGCGAAGUACAAGGAGUACCGCCAUCACUCAAGGUACUAUGACUACAACCAUGAUAAGUACUAUGAUAUAGAUGGCAAUGAUGGAAAGUACUACUACAAUGAAAAUUAUUACUCCAUUAAUGAAUAUGGGCAGUACUAUAAAGAUGGAAAGUACUAUGACAUGGACUACAAACAUGGACAGUACUAUAAGGAUGGAAAGUACUAUGAUUUUGAUGAACAUGGCAAGUACUACAAAGAUGGGAAGUACUAUGAUGUAGACUACAAGCAUGGGAAGUAUUACUGUGAUGGAAAGUACUAUGAUUACGUAGAUGGAAGAUAUUAUAAGAACGGGAAGUACUAUGAUAUUGAUUACAAUGACGGAAAAUACUACUAUGAUGGCAAGUACUACAGCUUGAACAGCAAAAGUCAGUACUAUAAGGAUGGAAAGUACUAUGACAUGGACUACAGGCAUGGCAAGUACUAUAAGGGUGGGAAGUACUAUGACCUGAAUGAGCAUGGAAGGUACUACAAAGAUGGGAAGUACUAUGAUAUAGAUUACCACCAUGGAAAGUACUAUAGUGAUGGAGACUACUAUGACGUCUAUCCUGACAGCAAUUACUAUGACAAUGGUGAAAAGUACCAUGACUACGACUAUGGCUAUGGAAAGUAUGAUCACAGCAAGUACUAUGAAGGUGGUUACAACUAUGGGAAGUACCAUGAUGGAGGUUAUGACCAUGGCAAGUACUUUGAUCGUUACCACAACAGCAAGUAUUAUGAAGGGGGAUAUGACCAUGGGAGGUACUAUGAUGGUUAUGACCAUGGAAAGUACAAUGAGUACAGCCAUCACUUAAGGUACUAUGACUACAAUCAUGAUAAAUACUAUGAUAUAGACUACAAAGAUGGAAAGUACUACUAUGAUGGGAAUUACUACUCCAUUAUUGAAUAUGGACAGUACUAUAAAGAUGGAAAGUACUAUGACAUGGACUACAAACAUGGACAGUACUAUAAGGAUGGAAAGUAUUAUGAUUUUGAUGAACAUGGCAAGUACUACAAAGAUGGGAAGUACUAUGAUGUAGACUACAAGCAUGGGAAGUACUACAGUGAUGGAAAGUACUAUGAUUAUGUAGAUGGAAGAUACUAUAAGGAUGGGAAGUACUAUGAUAUUGAUUACAAUGAUGGAAAAUACUACUAUGAUGGCAAAUAUUACAGCUUUAACAACAAAGGUCAGUACUAUAAGGAUGGAAAGUACUAUGACAUGGACUACAGGCAUGGCAAGUACUAUAAGGGUGGGAAGUACUAUGACCUGAAUGAGCAUGGAAGGUACUAUAAAGAUGGGAAAUACUAUGAUAUAGAUUACCACCAUGGAAAGUACUAUAGUGAUGGAGACUACUAUGACAUCUAUCGUGAUACAAAGUAUAGUGACCAUGGAGGGAAGUACCAUGAAAGUGGAAAGUAUCAUGACUAUGACUUUGGAGAGUACGAGUCUGCUCCUGUGAAGUACUACCAUGAUGGAAAGUACUACACUUACAGUGAUGGGAAGUACUAUAAAGGUGGAAAGUACUAUGAUAUAGAUUUUGAUGAUGGGAAGUACUAUGUAGAUGGAAAGUAUUAUAGCCUAAAUAGGUAUGGCCAAUACUAUUAUGCUGGUAGGUACCAUGAUGUGGACUAUAUCAAUGGGAAGUACUAUAAGAAUGGCAAGUAUUAUGAUAUGGAUGAACAUGGGAGAUAUUACAAAGAUGGAGAGUACUAUAACAUUGACUACAAUGAUGGAAAAUUCUUCAAAGGAGGCAAUUACUAUAGCUACCACAAAAAUGGCCAUUACUAUGACUACAUUGGAGAUGGCAAGUACUAUAACUUUGACUAUGGGAAGUACUAUGACCAUGACAGACCAUACUACAGGGACAGUGACUAUAAUGAACACUACUAUGGUGGGAACAGAUACUAUGAUGACUAUGGACUAGACUACCAAGAUGGAUACUAUGACAGGAAGAACUAUGGUGGUGGUGGCUACAAUGACUACUACGAUUAUGAUGGAAAGUACAAUGAUGAUCAUUACGGUUACGAUGAAAAAUACUACAAUGACUAUUAUGGUGACUAUUAUGGUGACUACAGUGGGUAUGGAUAUGGCAGUAAGAGUGGUGUGGACUAUGCACAUGGGGACUAUAAUGGAGGUGGGUACAGCCAUGGCAGCAAAUACACCCACAGUAAGUAUGACUACAGAGAAUCAAAGUACUACAAACAGGGAGAUAAGUACAGUCAUAGCAGCUCAGCGCACCAUGAGAAAAAUUACCACAAGAGCAGCGAGUACAAAGACUACCACCAUGUAGAGUACGACAACGACCACUAUGGCCCAUACCACCACUCAGACAACCACCACAACCAAGGUUAUGACCAUCACCGUCACCAGUAUGACGUACGAAGCAAUCAAGGGGAAGCAGACAGCGAAGGACAGGAACAACAGGACUAUGAACACCUAGCAGCUGCAGAGGCUUCCAGUGGGACUUCCAAAGGUGUUCCAGCAGAUUCCAGCAACACUGCAGAUCAAGAUUUGAAAGAGGUUGCCAGUGGAGAGGAGGAUAAAGAGUCGGUGAGCGUAGUAGGUCCAGGCAGUAUUGUGAGUUACAUCAAGAAGUUGCAGAACAAGGCAAAGUCUCAGUAGCUAUAGCCUAUAUGUAACCAUAUGGUGUGAUUGCUUAAUGUAAUUGUAGCAUUCUCUGUAAAUAAAUAUAUAGAAAAUUGUGGAUGUAAGUAUUCAGUUUUAAUGUUAUGUAAAGAAUUAAAUAAAAAAAUCCACUUACA